AUGGGAGUGCUACGCGCAUCUCUCGAAGCUGUUUACUUCGUCAUUACAAGAAAAAUCCUGAACAAGGUUGCCUUCGGCAAGCCGCAACUCGGCACAUAUCAAUUCGCCACCCGACUCCUGCAAAAAUGGCGGAAAUAUUGCUGCAAAAUCAAUCGAUUCCCAUCGACCGUGUACUUCAUCGGCGAUACACCCGAGUCUGACAUCCGCGGCACGAACGAAUUCAAUGAGACCACGGAGAACGACUGGUACUCAAUCUUGGUCAAAACAGGUGUUUACAAAGACGGAGCUGAAACCAGCUACCCUCCCAGAAAAAGAUGCGAAAAUGUUUUCGAUGCGGUGGGGUUCGCCUAUGAGCGCGAACACAACACGACUACCAAGGGCGAGAUUGUCUCCGAGAUCGAUUAUGAUACCUGCCAAAAAGUUUCUAAAUAA